AUGACAUUGCAACUAGCGGACUCCUCCAUUAGACAUCUUAGGGGAAUCAUAGAAGACAUUUUGGUUAAGGUUGAUAAAUUUAUUUUCCCGGUAGAUUUGAUGAUUCUAGAUCUAGAUGAGGAUAUUGAAGUGAAACUCAUUCUUGGUAGUUCAUUCCUAGCCAUCUCCAAAGCCCUCAUUGAUGUUAGCAAUGGUAGAAUGAAACUUAGGGUUGGGGAUAAGGAAGUUAUGUUCGCUUUAUCUGAUGCAAUAAAACAUCCUUCUACUUUUGAUGAUACUUUAUAUUUCCUUGAUAAGACUGAUUUAAUUGUUGAUGAAUGUGUGCAGGAAAUCUUGCACAAGGAGCCUUUUAAGGAGUAA